AUGGAUGAUCCUGAUUUUCGGCUUCCCUACCUGUGGGCAAGACAUGACGAAGAGCCCCGCGACCUCGUCAUUCGCGAGCGAACAGCACAACUGGCCCACGAUAAUCCCUAUCAAAAGCCUAGUGAAAAUCACCACAGCCUUCCUGGAGGUCUUCCAUCGCUGACUUCAACUGCCGAUGUUCAUAGAAAAAGCAAUUCUGUCCAUGAUAAUCCCCUCAUGCUACGCCUGCCCCCCAUCCAGUUCAAGACCCUAUCCAGUUCUGAAAUAUCUUCAUCUCCAACACUCAUCCUUGAAAGCCCUGUCUUCAAGCAUUCUCCAGAAAGCUUCACUGGCAGCCUUGAGACUACUGCAAGUCCUGAAAACAGUGCUGUGAAGGUCCAGAAAGCGGAAAACCCAACAGUUUUUGAUGAGAAGAGGAAACUCAUUCCCAUCUGUGAAUUUUCAUCUCCAUGUCGCAUGACUCCUUCGCCAGAUGGGAUGCACUUCCGGAAGGUUGUCUCUCAUGUUUUCGGUCGAAACAAAGCUUCCACCAAGCUCUUUCCUGCUAGUGUCUGGGUCCAUUACUGUCGGAAACAUUACCAGCGCGCCCGGUAUCGAGCUGACCAGUGGCCAUUUACCCAGUGCGAGCUCCUUCUCGAAUCUCUCAGCCGUAUGGAGCGUUGGAAUGGUGUCGAUAGCUUUGAACUCAUUCUUCGUCGACGUGAGGUGAUGCGGGUUGAAGGUGAGAACCGAGGUGCCGUGGCCAGAAACACAACUAGUUCAUCUGGGUUUCUUCAAACUGGCCGCAAGCACCCAACUGCCAUAAUUUCCCCAGUGCCCGAGUGGCUUCGUGAUUAUGUCGGACACGGAAAGUCUUUUGGGGAAAUUCGAACCAUCAUCCUCAACAUCCGGGAGCACAUGGUGCGUCUACGAAAGAAGGAAAAGAAGAGCAACCAUGAAGAGAACGAGACGACAAAUGAGUUUGUUCAGACACAUUCCGCCAGCAACCGUAUCCGGAACAGUGUUGUUCGCUUUCCAGAUAUCGAGAUCCUGCCCACCUUCAAGAAAUGGGUACUGGACGCUGCUUUGCGACAGCGGGAGACUGUGAAGGAAGCCGAGAAUUAUUCCGUGGAUGAGAGUGAACACCUUUCUGACGGAACUACCCAGAGCACUGUGCAGAAGUAUGAUGAUGUUGUCAACCAUGGGCCCGAAAUUGGACGUGCGGGCGUCAACCAAGGCUCGUCACAGAGCCAGCGCCGGCGCAGCCAGCGAGGAUUCCUGCAUAUGGUCAACCGUGUCACACGCCGUGGUUCUGUGAAAAAGCCGAUUGCGAAGUAG